AUGUCAUAUUUCAAACAUCCUUCCAGCAUCUACCCAACAAAACACUUCAAGCACCUAUUCCACAUCAAGCAAACCGCUUCCAGCAUCUACUCCUUGUUAAGCAAAACACUUCAAGCACCUGUUCGCAUCAAGCAAACCAUUUCCAACAUCUACUCCAUGUCAAGCAAACCACUUCUAGCACCUACUCCAUGUCAAGAAAAACACUUCAAGCACCUAUUACAAGCUUUCAAACAUCCUUCCAGCAUCUACCCACCAUGCCAGCUGUUUGAGCAAAAUUCGACACGGGGAAUAUUCACGAGUUGA